AUGGUUAUGGACGGUGCUGUUGGGAAAUCCGACCGUAAUGUUAAACGACGUGUGAAUUCGGCAAUUUGUGAAUGGAAGCGUGGGCGUAAUUCACCGGAGAAAGUGGAGUAUGCCUUUUGUAUUAUAUCCUGCUCCCCCAACCCGUGCAAGAACAACGGAGUCUGCUUGUCAAACCCCGGUGCCGAAUCUUAUUGCGAAUGUCCUGACCAGUUCGUGGGCGAGUACUGCCAGCACCUGAACCCGUGCCGCAACGCGCCGGGUCCUCGCUGCCAGAACGGCGGCACGUGCAACGUAAUCCUGGACGUGUCUGGGCCGCGGUUCAACUGCGAGUGCCCCGUCGGCUACCAGGCCUCCCUGUGCGAGAUCGCCGUCAAGAACGCGUGCGACUCCGACCCCUGCAUGAACGGCGCCACGUGCCAGCUCCUGACGCUCGACACCUACGUAUGCCAGUGCCCCUCCGGCUACCGCGGCGACCAGUGCGAGCUGGUGGACCACUGCGCCUCCAAGCCGUGCCGCAACGGUGCCACGUGCCACUCCCCGGGGAACACGUAUGUCUGCACGUGUCCGCCGGGCUUCACCGGACCCACCUGCACGACGGAUGUCAACGAAUGCAAGGAGCACCCCUGUCGCCACGGCACCUGCACCAACACCUUCGGAUCGUACACGUGUAACUGUGAGGUGGGCUACACCGGUGUCAACUGCGAGAGCCGCUACGUCCCCUGUGAACCCUCGCCGUGCCAGAAUGAUGGCACUUGCAUUGCCCAGGAUUCACUCUACUACAAGUGCCAAUGCCCCAAUGGCUUCAAAGGCAAGAACUGCGAGCAGAACAUUGACGACUGCCACAACCACCUGUGUCAGAAUGGCGCCACCUGUGUGGACGGCGUCAACACGUACACGUGUGCGUGUCCUCCUACGUUCACGGGCCCAUAUUGCAAGGACGACGUCGACGAGUGCGCUGUUAGGCCUACCAUUUGCAAGAACGGCGCCACGUGCACCAACACCCAGGGCGGGUUCUCGUGCAUCUGUGUGAACGGGUGGACGGGCGACGACUGCUCCGAGAACAUUGACGAUUGCACGGGGGCGGCCUGCUUCAACGGUGCAACUUGCAUAGAUCGCGUCGGCUCCUUCCUCUGCCAGUGCACGCCCGGGAAGACUGGCUUGCUGUGCCACCUGGACGACGCGUGUGCCAGCAGCCCGUGCCACCCCGGCUCCAUGUGCGACACCUCGCCCAUCGACGGAGGAUACAUCUGCACAUGCCCGCCCGGCUACAAGGGCGUCGACUGCACGCAGGACAUCGACGAGUGCCAGGAGGGCCUCCCGUGCGAGCACAAUGGCACCUGCGUCAACACACCGGGAUCGUUUAGGUGUGACUGCUCGAAGGGCUUCACGGGGCCGCGGUGCGAGAUCAACAUCAACGAGUGCGAGAGCAACCCGUGCCACAACCAGGGCACUUGUCUGGACGAGCGAGGCGCCUUCCGCUGCGUCUGCAUGCCGGGUGAGUCUUUGCUGUGGAUUCUAUGGGUCCGCCCGAGCCAACUGGGCGGGCCAUCUGCAUCCGCGCUGCGCAGGGUCUCUCUCUCGCGCCGCAUCCAUUUCCAUAGGCUUCUGCACGCCGCCGAUGUCGGAGAGGUGAACGCGCGGUCUUACAUAAGCGCAGGCAGGUGGCUCGGCAAUGCGGAGUGGCUGUAG